AUGCAGAUGAGGGCUAGGGCGAGGUUCCCAGUCCCCUUGGUAAAGCUCCCUGUGCCUGACACCCCGAAGACGGAGGCAACAAGCGCCCCCACACCUAUCUGGCAGAUGAUCAUCUGCACGCCGCCCUCGAGAAACAGAAGCCUGCGCCCGAACCUAUCAACCGUGAAGAUGGAGACGAAGGUGGCGAGCACGUUGACGAGUCCCGUGACGACUGCGGACAUGAGUGACGCGUCGUCCCCAAAGCCGAGGGACAGGCGCGUAGAACAUGAUUACGUUGAUCCCCGUGAGCUGUUGGAAGAACGGGAUGAGGAGCGUGAUCACGAGUUGGGGACGGUACUUUGUCUCCAGGAUCGUGCGGAGCGGUUGCUUAACCUUCUGGGACGCCUCACUGGCCUCCACCAAGUCCUUGUACUCGGCGUCCACGCACGGCGUGCCUCGGAUCUUCUCGAGCAUGGUGCGCGCGCUCUCGCGCUGGCCCCUCUCGAUCAGGGAGUUUGGGGUGUCGGGGAGGAAGAUUGCCCCGACGGUCAUCACGAGGGCGGGGGCGCCUGCCAGGGCGAGGGAGACGCGCCACCCGUUGGAGGCCAUCUUGGCGGUGCCGUAGUUGACGAGGUUGGCGGCGAAGAUGCCGAUGGUGAUGGCCAUCUGGAAGCCGAUGUUAAGGGCCCCGCGAAGCUUGUGGGGGGCCAUCUCGGAGAGGUAGACGGGGACGGACUGGGCGAUGCCGUUGAGGAUGGCACCGAAGAGGAAGACGACCCCGCCGGUGGUCAUCGAGACCUUGCGUCCGAACUUGCGAGUGGUGGCCGAGGCGAGGAAGGAGGCCACCAGGGCCGCCAGGUAGAGGGACGACGUAAAGAGGGUCAGGAGGUGAUUCUCGAACUUGCAGUACUGGCUCUCGCCCCCGCCGGAUUUCUUUUCCUUCUCGUACACUUCGGGGAAGAAUUUCUGCAGGAACUCGUCCAUUGA